AUGGCGAGAGACUUGAUGAGCAGCGCGCCUCAUCUUUUGAAGCCCCCGAAAGCACAGACGACAGCCACACUCUACCCUGUGACCGUGGCCAUGAUCGGUGUGACCUACAUGCUUCAGAAUCGUGUUAACUCGUCCUUCUACGUCGGUCAAUCCAUCUACCGUGUUUCUUUCAAGUCUGUCGUUUUGGUGGAGUACGAUGACGUGGAGUGGCAACGGCGGGAAUGGGUGCACGUGUACCGAGGCCAGGUGUUUCAGAUCUUCCUGCUGGAGCGAACACUGGCCUGGGCCUCCCGCAAGCACCCCACUAAAAUACGAGCCGCGCCCGUCCUCUGGCCAGCCCUUGUGUAUGUGCCCCUUGUCGACCAGGCGGGCAUCUCAGAGCACAAGUACCGGCCCGUUGAGUACCUGGUCGAUCGCACGCUCGACUACCACGACUACUCCCAGAUCAAACCCUACCAGGGAGGUGACUGUGCCGGGGUGUGUGGCGAGGAGUGUCUCACGGCUCUGCGCACGUGGGUGGGGGAGCAGGACGGCCAGAGGAUCCUGCUCACCACGCCCUCCGUCCUGGUGGGCUUCCGGGUACAGGUGUACCGCGCCGAGGGCACCACCCAGUGGUACACCGCUGUCAUCGUCGGCUACAACGACGCCACCAGAGAGCUGACGGUGACGGACGACACGGUGCUGGAGGAACACUCAGAGGACCCCAGCCUCGUGCAGAUCAGACUCAUCGGCGAAGGAGUUGUGGAGUCGAUCCUGAGGGGUGAGAACGUGGGCAUCACGCCACGCCGCUCCCGCACUGCCACUAACAACCACCACCAGUCAGGGGUGCGGCAUAUCCGUCGUGAUGGCGUCCUACCUGUGAGGCCCCGCAAGAACUCCCUCAGUCGACCCAACAACCUUCACCCAAACGCCAGUCACACCCUCCCGCCCGCGCCCGCCCACACCACACCCGUCACCACCACCACCACUACCACCACCAAUCACCACCACCACCACCACCACCACAACAACCUCCCGCCGCCCACCACCGCCACCACCGUCACCACCACCACCUCCACCCACCUGUCAACCGUCACCACCCACCCAGCUAUCACCACCCACGUCCCCUCGCCACCCACAACCACCACCACUACUACCACCACUGCCACCACUCACGGAGACAAGGAGGGUGAAAAGCCUUCCUCAUCCCCACAAGAGUCAGAAGAUAAAGAAGGGGAGGAAGAAGAAGAGGAGGAGGAGGAAGAAGAAGAAGAAGAAGAAGAAGGAGGAGGAGAGGAAAAGAAACAGCUGCAGCAACGGUUAAAAGAAGAGCAGCAAAUACGAGAGCUUCAGCUGCAGCAAGUGAAGGUACAGCUACAUCACGUGAAACAGCAGCAGCAGGAGCAGCAGCAGCAGCAGCAACAACAGCAACAACAACAACAACAACAACAGCAGCUGCAGACGAAGGAGAAGCAGCAGUUGCGGCAAGCGAAGGAACACCAGCUGAAACAAGAGAAUGAACUAUCAAAGGAACAGCAGCUGCGACAAAUAAAGGAACAGCUCAAACAGGAAAAGGAACAGUCGAAGGAAAAGCAACUGAAACAAGAAAAGGAACAGUUGAAAGAACAAUUGAAACAGGAAAAGGAACAGUUAAAGUUAAAACAGGAAAAGGAACAGUUAAAGUUAAAACAGGAAAAGGAACAGUUAAAGUUAAAACAGGAAAAGGAACAGUUAAGAUUGAAACAGGAAAAAGAGCAGUUGAAACAGGAAAAGGAACAGUUAAAGUUAAAACAGGAAAAGGAACAAUUACGAUUGAAACAGGAAAAGGAACAGUUAAAAGAGCAGUUAAAACAGGAAAAGGAACAACUACGACUGAAACUAGAAAAGGAACAGUUAAAACAGGAAAAAGAACAGUUAAAAUUUAAACAAGAAAAGGAACAGUUGCGAUUGAAACAGGAAAAGGAACAGCUAAAAAUAAAACAAGAAAAGGAGCAACAAAAACAGGAAAAGGAACAGUUACGAUUGAAACUAGAAAAGGAACAAUUAAAGGAACAGUUAAAACAGGAAAAGGAACAGUUAAAAUUGAAACAAGAAAAGGAACAGUUGCGAUUGAAACAGGAAAAGGAACAGCUAAAGUUAAAACAAGAAAAGGAACAAUUAAAGUUAAAACAAGAAAAGGAACAAUUAAAGUUAAAACAAGAAAAGGAACAAAUAAAGUUAAAACAAGAAAAGGAACAAUUAAAGUUAAAACAAGAACAGGAACAAUUAAAAGAGAAAGAAGAAUUCGAUCCAAUAAAGGAACAAGAGUUGGAACAAAUAACAGAACAGCAACAAAAGCAACAAGUGCAGCAAGAAAAGGAGAAAGUAAGAGAAGUCCAACAAGAACAAGAACAAGUAAACGAUAAACAAUUGAAACAAGAGAGAGAGGACUUCAAGGAACAGCAGCUGCGACAAGUGAGUAUACAGCUACAACAAGUCAAGGAACAGCAGAUUAAACAAGAAAAGGAACACGCCAAGGAGCAGCAGUUACAACAGUUAAAAAAGCAGCAGCAGUUCCGGCAGGUAAAGGAGGAACAGGAACAACAAAUAAAGAAGCAACAACAACUGCCACAAAAACCGGAACAGCAGCAAGCAAACGAACAACUCCAGCAAGUCAAGAAACAUUCACAGCAGCUACAGGUAAAGAAGCACUCGCCAUUACCACCCGAGGAGGAACAGGUCAAGCAGGAACCACCGAGCGAUCACCUGAAGAAGGAAAACAAAGAACCGCUACCUGAGGAACAACAGCUAACACAGCCUCCUGCCACAGAACUAACGAGAGAACCUUCAGAGCCUCCAACUAAGGAACGUGUCUCGCCGCCACUCGUGAAGGAACAGUCACCCCCACAGAGACACGAAGAGACGAAGGAGAAGCCGCCAUUGCCGACGAAAGAACCAACGCGGCUGACGAAGAAGGACCCCGAGGCCGAACUCAGAGAUCAGCUGCCACGGAAGUUCAAGGUUCAGCUCUCCAGACAGCUCAAGGUACAGCUCUCACGACAGAUCAAGGACCAGUUACCACAGAGAGUCAAAGAUCAGUUACCUCAGCAGAUCAAGGAGCAGAUAACCAGACAGGCGAAAGAACACUUGUCCAGACAGGCGAAAGAAAACGUAGCGAAACAGGACAAGGAACCACCGAUUAACUGUCAACAGAAAGACGUCAAGGAAGACUCACCCACUCCCAGGAAGGAAGGCUCCACACCGCCCAGGAAGCAACAACAGUCGCUGCAACAGAGAAGACAGCCGGGGAAACAGCAGACAGCCAGGAAGAGAACAGCGCCUCCGGAUAGGAAGAAGAGAUCGCCGCCUCAGGAUCACCAGAAAUCCGAGGACAGUAGCUCAGGUAAGGAGGUGUUGAGGCUGUCUAUGUCUCUCUCUGUCGGACGCGGAGAAGGGCCCGAGGUAUGUUAGGAACAGAGUAAUGUUUUGGUGUGUGUGU